AUGGUGGCCAGCCAAUGCCUGGCCAUGGGCAACGGUUCGAUAAAAGCCCCACUGGCUGAGGAGAACAGCUGCCUAGCCUCCAUCAACACAGAGCCUCCUGGCCGGGACACAGAUGUCCUCAGGUUGCGGAUUACCCACCUGGAGGCGGAGCUGGCACAUCGGGACCUGGAGUUUCAAGCCCAGGAGCUCCAGUUACAUCAUCUCCGCGUGGAACUGGAGGGCAAGAUCUCCCAGAUCGACAAGCUCCAGGAUGCCAUCGGCUACAACAACAGCCUGGGCCGCUCUCCGCCGGCCCUGUGCCACCACAGCCACCGGCGCUUCAGUGUCAUCAACCAGGGUCCCAGCCGCUUCCACAGGGUGGCUGUGGAGGUCCACCGCCGGCUCAAAGCCAAGGAAGGCGUCUCUGCUGAACCCACUUCGGAGAACUUCUGUGGCGGGCUCAGAGCGGCACGCAUAUCGAUUGCAAAGUCCGUCCACAAAGACUCGCACACCAAGAAACUCAUCAACAACGCCAUCACGAACAAUAACUUUCUGAAGAGGCUGGAGCCACAGCACAUGAGGGAGAUGGUGGACUGCAUGUAUGAGAAGGUUUAUACCGAGGGCCAGCUGGUCAUCCAGGAGGGGGAACCUGGAAACUACCUCUAUGUGCUGGCAGAUGGCUUGGUGGAGGUCAUUCAGAAUGGGAAGCUGCUGGGGGAGAUGCGUCCUGGCACAGCUUUUGGGGAACUGGCCAUACUGUACAACUGUAAGAGAACAGCCACCGUCAAGGCUGUCUCCCAGUCUCAUAUCUGGGCUCUGGACCGCCAGACUUUCCAGGCCAUCAUGAUGCAGACCACACAGGCCAGACAUGAGGAGUACUUCAGCUUUCUGCGCAGUGUGUCUCUGCUCCGAGGUCUGCCUGAGGAGAAACUAGCCAAGGUUGUUGAUUGUCUUGAAGUGGACUAUUUUGAAAAAGGGGAGUAUAUUAUUCGAGAGGGUGAAGAAGGGAACACUUUCUUUAUUAUUGCAAAAGGAGAGGUCGUCGUCACCCAAAGCACAGAGGGCUUCGAUGAGCCGCAGGAAAUCAAGACUUUGGGAGUAGGAGACUACUUUGGAGAGAAAGCUCUCAUCAGUGAGGAUGUUCGCUCGGCCAACAUCAUCUGCAAUGAGAACGACACACACUGCCUGGUGGUGGACAGAGACAAUUUCAACCAAAUGGUGGGAACUUACGAGGAGCUCCAGGCCUACCUGAAGGAAUACGUGGAAGAGCUUUCCAGGAGUGACGAGAGGAGAAAUGCCCAGCCGCACUCUCCUCAGAUUGACUCUGCAGAGGCCCAGGAGCUGAAGACGCUGAGGGAGAAGAUGUCUGUCCUGCCUUUCCAGGAGCUCGAGGUCAUCGCGACGUUGGGAACGGGAGGAUUUGGACGAGUGGAGCUGGUAAAGCUGAGGAACGAGAACAGCACGUUUGCCCUGAAGUGCAUUAAGAAGAAGCAUAUUGUGGACACCAGACAGCAGGAGCACAUCUACUCUGAGAAAAACAUCCUUCAGCAAACAAACUCAGUGUUCAUCAUCAGGUUAUUCCAAACAUUUCGGGAUGAUAAGUUUGUCUACCUGCUGCUGGAGGCGUGUCUUGGUGGAGAGCUGUGGACUGUAUUGCGGGACAUGAGUUAUUUUGAUGAGCCCACAGCCAGGUUCUGUACUGGUUGUGUCUUAGAGGCCUUUGAUUACCUCCACACGAUGGGAAUCGUCUACAGAGACCUGAAACCCGAGAACCUUCUCCUGGAUGCUGAGGGUUAUGUCAAAAUGGCAGACUUUGGCUUUGCUAAAAAGAUUGGCCUUGGAAAGAAGACCUGGACCUUCUGUGGUACUCCAGAGUAUGUGGCCCCAGAAGUCAUUAUGAACAAAGGCCAUGACUUUGGAGCUGAUUGCUGGUCCUUGGGAAUCCUCAUAUUUGAACUUCUCACUGGCAAUCCGCCUUUUACUGGCUCAGACCCCAUAAAGAUUUACACCUUGGUCCUCCAUGGCAUUGAGAAGGUGGACUUCCCUAAAAGAAUUGUGAAGCGUCCAGACGACCUCAUCAGGAGACUCUGCAAGCUAAAUCCUGUAGAGAGGCUGGGGAACAAAAAGAAUGGCAUCAUUGAAAUCAAGAAACACAAGUGGUUCCAGGGCUUCAACUGGGAAGGUUUGAGAUGUCACAAGCUGCUUUCUCCAUUGUGGAGAGAGCUAAAGGGGCCGACGGAUCACAGUCACUUUGACAUGUUUCCUCCAGACACAGAGGAGCCUCCUGAUGAGCUGUCUGGGUGGGAUAAAGACUUCUGA